CGGUGAACCCAAAUUUGUCCUAAUAGGUGACCUAAAUAUUAAUAGAACUGAUGAUGAUGCACGACCACAACUGUUCAACGUAAAAGAAAAGAUUUAUCACCCAAACUAUAGACCGCCAUCAUCUUACAACGAUAUAGCAUUAAUUAAGUUGGAUAAGCCGGCCAUUUUGAAUACAUACGUCAGACCUGCCUGUCUUUACACCGAUCCUGAAAUAAGAACAACAAAAGCCUUGGCAACUGGAUGGGGUAAAAUUGGUUUUACAAAGGCAACUAGUCCCGAUCUACUAAAGGUAGCCCUGGAAAUAUUUACCUACGACAGAUGCAGACAGGCAUACAAAAAUUUACAAUUGAAAUUGCCCAAUGGAAUCCAAGAACGUUCCCAGGUGUGCUGGGGUUCGCAAACUGAAGAAAAAGACACUUGUCGGGGUGACUCCGGAGGACCUUUGCAAAUUGGUAGUAAGAACAUUUACUGCAUGUACGAAAUAAUUGGAAUUACGUCUUUGGGAAAAGCUUGUGGAUUUGUGAACAUUCCCGCAAUCUAUACUAGAGUUUCCUACUUCGUUGGGUGGAUAGAAAGUGUUGUCUGGGGAACCUGAUUUAGUUUCCAUAUGAUUGUGAUAUAUUUAGAUUAUUGUAUUUCAUAAUAUUAAUAAUAAUAAAAACAAAAGUUGUUACUUAACUAAAA